CUGUUGGAUAUCGGCGCUGGUCAUAAGACCAUAAGUUUGUUCACACUGUACAACUAAUGAUAAACAUUAUUUUCUAUUUAGAAAUGGCUGAAAAGAAGCACGGAAUGAUACUCAAAACAAACGAUAGAGGGGGGAUAAAGAAGAAACAAAUCGAAAGAAGCAAAAAGGAGAAACUUCAACGAGAACAGCAGACGUCGAAAAGCAAGAAGAAAUCAAAUUUUUACAGAUGCAAUAAGGUGGGGCACGCCCCUGAAGAGUGCCCUACCAAACCGCGUCGAGGAAGCAGGGUAGCCGGAGAGGCCCCGGCGGACGGCGUAGUCGGCAUAGCCCAAUGGCGUGGCUGCGGAGGAUGGCGUGGCCAAAUAGUCAUAAAUAUAUUUACAAGGGAGUCAAGACGUUAUCCAUAAGAAAAAGUUUAAAACAAUCUCUAAAAAAUAAAA